AGCAAGGUUAUAGACCGGCACGCAAAUGUAGUCCUGCCGACCCAUGCCGUGGCUAUCGGUGGACGGCUUCAACUCGGGAGGCCUGACGCACACCUCCAGCAGACCUAGUGAGGAGGCAUCGGGAUCCCCGGCCUUCCUGAAGGCUCCAACCUUUGCGACAGAGCACGUGAUGCAUCCAUCCGAAUCACGAGGCCGCAGCAUGGAAGCUUCGAUUCGAUCCAGCAGUCCUAGCCUCCCGGCGACUCUGGGCGAUGUCUGGCAGAGGUCUGUUACUCCACCAGGCUCUGUGCCCGUGGCCAUGCCCGCCGUGCAGGGUGGUGUGCCGGCCAUGCAGAUCGUACAGCCUGGCCCUAUGUUGCCAUCACCCAGUUGGAUGCAGGCGUCUGCGACGUUGCUGCCUCCCUGGUUCGAGCCAGGCAGUCCCCGAUCAGCAGAACCUGGUGCCUUUGUCUUCCAUGCGCAACCGAGGCCUCGGAGCUCCUCUCCGGCACCGUCCGGGCAGGCGCUCUGGGCCGCGCCGGUGACUGUCCAGCCUCUCUUCCCAGCGGCCAAUCCAUGUGAAGCCGCUUCCAGCUCGCCACGGCAGGCACUGAUGCGGCCCGUACGGAUUGUACGGCCGCAAUCACCGCGCAGCGCCACACCCCCACGCACCGCGACUCCUUCACAGGCGGGAAGCAGCGUGGAGCCUCGAAAGCAGGCGGCAAAAGAUCUUUGCCACACACUGAAGGUUGCCGUCCAUCGACAGAUGGCUGGGACCUUGGCAUGCUGGAGGCAAGCCAAAGAGGAUCGACAGUUGGUUGAUGAAAGGGCUGCUGAGCUCCUGGCACGCCUCAACAGCUACGACGAGCGAGCGUACCGCCGCGGCCGGGUGGCUUCAAUCCUAGCCACUGCUGUGGCGGCUGAAGGGCGUCACAUCACCAAGCACUGCAGGGCUUUGGCGCUCCUGUUGGGUCUUCGGCAGCUGCAGGGCUUUCUGAUUCGCCCCAGGGAGGAGGCCGCCGGUCACGUGUCGCGAGCCGAGCUCCGCUGGGCCUUCGAGCGCUUGCGCAUGCGCGCUCGGCACGGGGGUUCCCCCGCUCGAUGCAGUGAGUGGCAUGGCACCAUUACGGAUGAGGGCUUUCUUGGAAGCGCUCCUGCGGCGGAGGUGGCAACAGGUGGGGGCGCAUGUAUGGUGGAAUCUUGCUUUGGCGCGGCGAUACCGGAAGCGCAGGGCAUUUCCGUGAGUUGGUCCGACUUGGCGCCCAGCGGCGUCUCCAGCGUGUCAGACGCUGCUCCAAUAGGUACAGUGGCAUUUGGUCUUGGCACUCGUGGCUAUGCAGAGGCUCCUUUAGCCAUUGGCAUGGGCACCAGAAGUGCCUACGCGGAGGCUGCUCCAAUGGGCACAAGGGCAUCCGGCGUUGGCACUCGUGCCAGCUAUGCAGAGGCUCCUUUAGCCAUUGGCAUGGGCACCAGAAGUGCGUAUGGGGAGGCUGCUCCAAUGGGCACAAUGGCCUCUGGUGUUGGCACUCGUGCCAGCUAUGCAGAGGCUCCUUUAGCCAUUGGCAUGGGCACCAGAAGUACCUACGCAGAGGCUGCUCCAAUGGGCACAAGGGCAUUCGGCGUUGGCACUCGUGCCAGCUAUGCAGAGGCUCCUUUAGCCAUUGGCAUGGGCACGAGAAGUGCGUAUGGGGAGGCUGCUCCAAUGGGCACAAUGGCCUCUGGUGUUGGCACUCGUGCCAGCUAUGCAGAGGCUCCUUUAGCCAUUGGCAUGGGCACCAGAAGUACCUACGCAGAGGCUGCUCCAAUGGGCACAAGGGCAUCCGGCGUUGGCACUCGUGGCAGCUAUGCAGAGGCUCCUUUAGCCAUUGGCAUGGGCACCAGAAGUGCGUAUGGGGAGGCUGCUCCAAUGGGCACAAUGGCCUCUGGUGUUGGCGCUCGUGCCAGCUAUGCAGAGGCGCUGCCUUUGGCUCGAAGCAGCAUGUAUGACUUUGGCAUCGGCUGCGAGGCCAGCGCAGCUCAGGUGGGCACGUUGGGCUCCCGCAGCGCGCGGGGGUACUCGAUGAUGUCUGAGGUGCGGAGCGACAAGUCUCGGAACUCAAUGGGUCAACAGAGGCAUCUGUUCUUGCAUGAACACAUGUUGAAGUUCUUCUGAAGUGUUUUUUUGUUUCUCUUCUCAGAACAUGUUACAAGCACGAAUCGCAUUAGGCUUCAAGACUGCAUUUCGGUGGCGACGAGUGUUCUCUUGCAGAAGAGGGUCACACAAACGAUAGACCGCAAAGAAAAAAUAUGAUCCUGCAUUGAGUGGUUUCAAAAUUGGAGUGGUUUCAAAACUGCAUUGAGUGUUAUUUCAGAAUCACCUGUGGCAAGGUGGAGUGGAGACAUUUGUUUCCGCUUGGUUUUUUCACGAUAGCCUAGCAAAGAAAACACCAAUACCAAAGCCCAAGCAGGAAGUCAAGGAGGCGAGCAAACCGGCCAAACCAAGCCCGUCAGCCCGCCCAGACCGAAGUUCGCUGCGCGGUCACAGUUGAAAUGCCUUAGUUGAGAAUCAGUGCAACUGUGUCAUUGCAAAAGGCGCCAGAAUGGAAUCAAACUUCUCCAUGAAGACCUCCAUAGACCCCGAAGUGGGAUUGCCACUGCGGCAGGGGGGUUCCCUGGCGCGGCCAGUGAAUCAGGCGGGGAAGUCUAGUUGAUCGAGCCGAUCGAGUCAGGAACAGGGGCAGGUGGCAGGUUUUACAUUCCUUCACUAUACUGUGUACACUCCCUGGAACUCACAUGGUUGUGGCCAGAAACAUAAGGCCACCAGAUCACACACCCAAACUUCAAACCCACACACGAUCCAUACCUCGAUGCAUAGGGUAUGGAUCCAAAGGUGUAUGUGUGUGAUCCAAGCCAUUCAAUCACAUGGUUUGGUUGUUGUGUGGUUGGAGGGCCCCAUUCCCAAAGGUGAUCCACG